UUUUUAUUUCAUGAUAAAAGACAAGAGCUACUGCUUGCAAUUCCCAAAAAGACACAGGCUUAGAGAUUGGAGGGAUGAGUGGUACAGAUAUCAUUUAUUCUGGCUGGUUAAUAUAAUUCAGAUAGUGUUUAUCCACUCUAAAUGUUGGGUUAAGUCCAAUACUUUACAUUUAGUUAUCUGAUAUUUUAAUAUUGCUGCCAUGAUUUCAUCGUUCCUAUAUGCUAACUUUUGGCACAUAAGAUGGGGAGGAAAACUGAAAGUAGCAAGGAAGUUGUUAGAAUACUAUACUUCUAUUGCAAAUAUUCUCUUUGUUACUGUCUCUUUUCCCUUAUUCCUAUUGACAAUUGGAUUUGAAGCAAUUGAGAUAAAUAAAAUGGGUGAAUUGGAUUGGGAAAUUGUACAAGAAAGCAUAUAUAACAUCUGAUUAUUCCUUAUCCCUGUAAUCCAUUCAUGGAUACUCAUGAAGAUCUGGAGAAAACGAAGAAGUGAGAUCUUGAAAGAAGAAGCUAAAAAUAAAUCUGCUAAAAGGCCACUUAAUAAUAGUGUCUGAAGAAGUGAGUUAACCAAUAUUGGUGAUGGGUUUUCUUCACAGCCGAGUAACCCUAAGUUUGCAAUGUAUUUUCAAUAA